UUCCCCUUUUCCUCCUUCGAAGUUGAAAGGCAAAGCAAGGCUGGAGCAGCGGGGACCAAGCUCGUCUCUCCUUUCCUCGUUCCCGGUAGUGGGCUGCUGAAAUCGUCCCGUUUCGCCUUGUUUUUGUGGUUCUCCUUUACCUUUCUGUACGAUGGCGGGGGCUAUUAUUGAGAAUAUGAGCUCCAAAAAGUUGGUGAUAUUCGGAGUUAUCCUGCUUUUGUUCCAGGCGUUGUCCUUCAUGGUCGGCGGUCUGAUUGCUCCGAGCCCCACCUCAGUGAUCCUGUACAUGGCCAACAAGUGUGUGGACACGGCCAAGAGCCACCAGAGCACCAAGUGGUUCAUGCCCUGGGGGCCCAACAAGUGCGAGCUCAUCCGCAGCUUCGACGAGGCCAUGGCCAAGAAGAUCGAGGCCAACAACAUCGUGUUCGCCGUCCACAUCCCGCAGCAAAACAUGGAGAUGAGCCCCUGGUUCCAGUUCAUGCUCGUCAUCCUGCAGUUGGACAUCGCCUUCAAGAUGCACAACCAGAUCGAGGAGGGGGCCCUGGCUACAGUGGACGUGGCCCUGGCCUACAGAGACGACACUCUGAGCGAGUGGACGGAGAUGGCUCACUCCCUGGAGCAGAGGGAGCUCAAAUGUAAAUUCAACACCCAGAAGAACUAUGAGAACGAGGGCCGCUACUACGACUGUGACCUCCUGCCCUUCAUGGAGUUGGGCAGCGUGUCCCACAAGUACUACCUGCUCAACAUCCGCCUGCCCGUGCACGAACGCAAGAAGAUCAACGUAGGCAUCGGGGAGGUCAAAGACAUCCAACUGGUGGGCAUCCACCAGAACGGAGGCUUCACCAAGGUCUGGUUCGCCAUGAAGACCUUCCUCACCCCCAGCAUCCUCAUCGUCCUCGUCUGGUACUGGAGACGGAUCACCCUCAUGACCCGGCCCCCCGUGCUGCUGGAGAAGGUCAUCUUUGCUCUGGGCAUCUCCAUGACCUUCAUCAACAUCCCCGUGGAGUGGUUCUCCGUUGGCUUCGACUGGACCUGGAUGCUGCUCUUCGGAGACAUACGGCAGGGCAUCUUCUACUCCAUGCUGCUCUCCUUCUGGAUCAUCUUCUGUGGGGAGCACCUCAUGGACCAGACGGAGAGGAACAGGUUCUCGAUCUACUGGAAGCAGGUGGGACCCAUCGUCUUCGGCUCCUUCUGCCUGUUCAUCUUCGACAUGUGUGAGAGGGGAGUCCAGCUCACCAACCCCUUCUACAGUAUCUGGGCCUCAGACGUUGGAACAGAGCUGGCUAUGGCGUUCAUCGUCGUGGCGGGGAUCUGUGCCUGCCUCUACUUCCUCUUCCUGUGCUUCAUGGUGUUCCAGGUGUUCCGCAACAUCAGCGGCAAGCGGUCUUCCCUGCCGGCCAUGUCCAAGGCCAGGAGGCUCCACUACGAGGGCCUGAUAUUCAGGUUCAAGUUCCUCAUGCUGGUGACUCUGUUCUGCGCUGCCAUGACGGUCAUCUUCUUCAUCCUCAGCCAGGUGAUGGAAGGCCACUGGCAAUGGGGCAGCCAAAAGCUGGAGUUGAACAGCGCGUUCUUCACGGGGAUCUACGGCAUGUGGAACCUCUACGUGUUCGCCAUCAUGUUCCUGUACGCGCCGUCGCACAAGCGCUACGGAGACAACCAGUCCGGUGGACAGUGCAUCAUAAGUGACACCGGAGCCAGUGGAGAGGAGAUCCAGUUGACCACCACCAUCACCCACGUGGACGGGCCCACGGAGCUGUACAAGAUGACGGGGAAGGCGGCACAGGAGUAGCCCCUCUCCGCCGGGCCGGGCCCUUGAUUGCUGCCUCCUGCUCCCUAGGGGCCCUAAAGUCAUAACCUUUUUUAUAUCAACGACACUAAGGGGCCUCUCGUCAGCUAGGGUAGGGUCUCUACGCUCCUCUCUAUGGCUCUACACUCCUCUCCACUCCACUGCCUGACUCAAUCAUGGACACUUGGGAUAAAGUCCUCUCUCACUCUGUCUCCAGGAGUCUGACCAAUCACAACGACUUAUCCGUCUUGUUGUUUCAUCGGUUGCAGUUCUUUGUAAAGUGUUUUUUUUAUUUUAUUUUUUUUGGUACUUUGUGCGAACUCGUAUGGGGUGGUACAUAUUACAAAACCCUUCAUUUCAAACCAUCCAGAUCAGUGUUGUAGCCGUUGUUAAAAGCAGUCGUUACACCAGAGUCUUCUGUUAGGUAGGUAGGCUCACAGUAGAAUGACUGACUGAAACCCAACCUGGGUCUUUCUGUUAUGGGAUGGACCACAGGGUUUUAUUGGCUAGUAAAUGACCAAUUUGGAUUUUUAUAGGGAAUGUAUGUUUUUCUAGUCCUAUAUUUUCAUGUUGGCCUAAUGGUCUCAUCGAAGGCUUCCUCUAUGUGCACUCACACCAAUACGCUCUCGUAGAACAUAGAUAAAGGGAGAAGCUAUUCUCUAAUGUUACCUUUUUUUAUUAUUGUUGGGGAAAUGUACAGACUCUACAUAGGUGUUAUUCGGUGAGCGAAAUGGAUCUUGUAAUGUCAUUCAUUGUUACAAUGUAGAUAUCAAUUUUUUCUAAAGUGCUUAUAAUCAAUUUAUAAUGUAUUCGCAUGAAGUAGUAUCCUUGUUGUUUGAGAGAGAUUUGAAGUUGACGAGCCUUUUACACAUGGGCCCUAGUUAUUUUGUGCAUUUUAUUCUAAUUUAAAUAAAAUCUUUUACUUUA